UAUAGUUUUUUUAUGUACUGGUGAUUCGCGCGUAAUAUAGCUUGGUAGGCAAUUUUACAGCCUUCAAACGCUAGCAGAAAUCGGAAUCGAAGCAAUCAUGCCAGAUGUGUCUACCGAUGGCAAGGAUAAAGUUCGGUUGAAGAAGAAAUUCGGGUUACCAACUGGCUUGUCGCUUGUCAUUGGCUCCAUCAUAGGUUCCGGUAUCUUCAUCACUCCUAGCGGAAUAGCCGCGGAGGUUGGAUCAGUGGGAGCAACACUCCUCGUAUGGUUCAUGUGCGGCAUCAUAUCAAUAUUUUUGUCAUUUGCGUACGCCGAACUUGGAACCCUGAUCAGGCGCCAGGGUGGGGAUUACACCUACAUACUGCAGGGGCUUAAGGGUUUCCACAAGUUCUUUGGUCCGCUGCCAGCGUUCUUGUUCCUGUGGAUGAAGUUGGUGACUGGCCCAGCAACUGUUGCCAUAGCCGCCCUAUCAUUUGCGCGUUAUAUCGUUUUUCCAUUUUUUCCGGAUUGCGACACGCCUCUUUAUGUGAUUCGAAUAGUUGCUGCAUUCUGCAUUCUUUCAGUUGUAUUGAUCAACAUGAGCAGUGUCACUCUUGUAUCACGAGUGUUGGUGCUAUUUACUACCGUAAAGAUGGCUACCAUAGGUAUGAUUGUAAUCGCCGGGAUCGUACGGAUGACACAAGGUCACACCCAUCAUCUGAGCACUGGCUUUGACGGCAGCGCCACAUCACCUGGUAGCUAUGCUGUCGCGUGUUACAUGGGCCUCUUCGGCUUCGAGGGAUGGGAUAACUUGUGUACAGUUGUGGAAGAAAUGGUCAAUCCGAAACGGAACGUGCCCCUGUGCUUAUUUUCAGGGAUAAGUAUAGUCAUUGUGGUAUAUAUUCUGGCCAACUGUUCAUACUUCACCGUGAUGUCUCCUUAUACAAUGCAGCAGUCUGGAGCAGUAGUCAUGUCGUGGGCAGAACAUGUUAUCGGUCCCGCCUCCUAUGUAAUCCCAGUCCUGGUAGCCUGCUCGGUAUUCGGGAUGCUCACAAGCCUAAUCCUCACUGACUCCAGGAUCUUCUUCGCCGGAGCCAGGGAAGGUCAGCUGAUGUCGGCCCUGUCAAUGGUGCAUGUGACCAAGGCAACACCCAUGCCGGUAUUGUGUUUUCAGGCGACCCUUGGUUUUAUCUAUACCUGCGUGUCCGACAUCUACAGUCUUAUGAGGUACAGGAUAUUUUGUGAGAUUGUCUUUCGAGCCAUGACAAUAUGUUGUUUGGUGAUCUUGAGGAGGACAGCUAAUGAUAACAGAAAUAACGUUUUUAAGACUCCGGCUCCUAUUCUCGGCACCAGUAUUUUGUUGUGCUUCUUCCUAAUAGUGGCCCCAGUUGUGGACAAGCCGAGGAUAGAGACCCUUUACGCCGUACUUAUGGUACUCGUGGGAAUAGUCUUCUAUGUUCCGUUUGUCUAUUACAAAAUCAAGCUACCAUUCGUAGACAAGCUGACUAGAUUCAUCCAAAAGCUAUUCCUAGUGGUGCCGACAAUGGAGUGAUGUCCGAAAACGGAGACAUGCUGAUUUGAGAACUUUCUGAGACGAAGCGCUGAUAUUUUUUAAAUGUAUUCGUGAGAUGGCGU